GCGGAGCUCGGCGGGGCGGCGGACGGGGCUCCCCGCCGCGGGACGGGCGCCCCGAGGGCGGGACGGGACGGGACGGGCCGGGCCGGGCGCCACCUGCCCCCUCCCGCCACACUCCACCCACCCGCGGCUACUUGUGCGCCCCUCGACGGGCCGCCUCCAUUCCCCUUCGCGGGCGGCCCGAGGAGGUGGCCGGGCCCCGGGCAGAGCGCGGAGGAGGCGGCGGCCAUGUCGCGGAGCCCCUCCGCGGCGGUGCGGCUGCUGGCGCUGCUGAAUAAAGUGAACCCACCUGGGACAAACCAGAGGAAAGCAAAAAAAUGCAAUCUAAAUUCAGGAAAUCCUGUUCUAUGAUUCUUGAAGUGAGAUCAAAGAACUGGGAACCGAGAAAAGAAAGUGGAUCUGUUUGAAUUAUGGAAAUGGACUCUAUGUGAAGGUUUAUAAUCGAAAUGGCAGAAGUGGCAUGUUGUCUUAUCCCAACAGCCUAGUCAGACAGAAAAGAGAAUGGACAGUCCCUCCGGCUUUCAUACGGGAAGAAGAGGACAAUUCCUAUAGGAAUCCAAUUGCUAGAAUACAUUCUGAUCUUGAAGAUAAAGUAGUGGUGACUUACACUAUAUCUGGUCAAGGAGUAACAGAACCCCCUUAUGGAUUAUUUGUUAUCAAUGGAAAGACUGGAGAACUGAACAUAACAGGAAAGGUUGACAGAGAAAAGACUCCAAUGCUGCAUCUCAGAGGUCAUGCACUAGAUAAGACUGGAGCAAAACUGGAAGAUCCAAUAGACCUCCCAAUUAAAAUCAUUGAUAUAAAUGACAAUUCUCCAGUGUUUUCACAAAAUAUUUUUGUUGGUUCAGUUGAAGAAUUAAGUCAAACAGGUACAAUUGUAAUGAAGAUAAAUGCAACAGAUGCAGAUGAACCAAAUAACCUAAAUUCCAAACUUGCAUUCAGGAUUAUUUCCCAAAGUCCUAGCGCUGCAUUCAGUAUAGAUAAGGAUACCGGCGAGGUUCGAGUAGCAAAAAUAAACCUUGACAGAGAGACACACAGUAGCUAUUCUUUGGUGGUGGAAGCAAAAGACCGUGGUGGUGAAGCAAGUGGGAAUGCUGCAACAUGUUCUUUAGAAAUCAAGGUUUUGGAUGUCAACGAUAAUCUGCCUGUGGUUCAAAGUAAUUCUUUUGAAGUAAGCAUUGAAGAAAACAGAGCAAAUGUGGAAAUUCUGCGAAUACAAGCAUUUGACAAAGAUGAAGAGUUUUCUGAUAACUGGCUGGCAAUGUUUUCAUUUGCUUCUGGUAAUGAAGAUGGCUUUUUCCGUAUAGUAACAAAUAACCGAACAAAUGAAGGCAUUUUGACUCUUGUGAAGGAACUGGAUUAUGAAAAAGUGCAAACCCGAAACUUGAGCCUUGUUGUUAAGAACAAAGCAGAGUUCCACAAGUCAAUUAAAGACAGUUCUAAAGCACAAACAAUUCCAAUCAAAAUUAAUGUGCUUAAUGUGCGGGAAGGCCCUAUAUUCCCUGGUGGCACAAAAAUUAUUGAAGCAAGUGAGAAACUGCAGAUAAAAGAGAUUAUUGGGCAGUAUCAAGCCUAUGAUGAAGACACUGGAAAAGUAGCAAAGCACAUUAGGUACCUGAAAGGAAGAGAUACAGCAAACUGGAUCACAGUAGACUCAGUCACAGCUGAAAUCAUACUUGCCAAAGAACUCGAUUACGAAUCAUCUUAUGUAGUAAAUGGUACCUACACUAUCACCAUAUUGGGUGUAACUACUGAUUUUCCUAGGAAAACGGCCACCGGAACAGUCAUUAUUCAAGUUACAGAUGAGAAUGAUAACUGCCCAGUUAUUGUGAAUCCUGUACAGACCAUGUGUUCAAAUGCAGAAUUAGUUAAUGUUACAGCUCGUGAUUUGGAUGGUUAUCCAAACAGUGAUCCCUUCAGCUUUACUGUCAUUGAUGAACCAGAAGGGACAGCAAAAAAAUGGAUAAUUGCAUCCAGUAAUGGCACCAGCAUACAGCUGGCACCACAAAACCUGAAGCUGGGCAGAACUGACAUUCCUAUCCUAAUAAAGGAUUUCCAAGGGUUCAGUUGUGCUCAAGCACAGUCUCUGCAACUGACUGUUUGUGAGUGUACGAAUGAAGGCACGUGCGACAACAAAAUCAGUGACGCUAAGCGAGUGGGUCUGGGACCAGGAGCAGUUGUGCUAAUCAUCCUGGCGUUUUUACUUUUGCUGCUUAUUCCACUGUUACUGCUGCUGUGUCGCUGCGGCUCAGGACCGAAGGGAUUUGCUGCAAUACCAGACUACAGCGAAGCAAUGCUGCGUCAGUGGCACAGCGAAGGAGCAGCUCCCGAGGAGAAGGCACUGCUAAGCCUCAUCCCACCCACUGCACUGGGGACCUCAAGAGGAGCAACCAGCGGAGCAGCAACAGCGGCGGCGGCGGCGGCAGCAGCAGCAGCAGCAGCAGCAGGAAUGAGUGGAGGGGAAACUGCAGCAGGAGGAGGCAGCUCUGCCUGUCAUGUAAGAGAGCAUUACAGCACUAUUACCAAGGAAAGAUGGGAAGAGCAAAGACAACUCCUUUCUGGUGCUGAAUAUGGAGCCAUGGUAGCUGGAGGGGCUGAAGGCAUGGCAGGUGUAGAAGGCAAGACAGUGGUGGCUGGAGGAGGAGUCGCACUAGGAGCAGCAGGAGCCAUGAAUGAAGAAUUUUUAAGAGACUACUUCAAUGACAAAGCUGUCUCUUUUGCGGAUGAAGACGAAGCCCAAGCUGCAAACGACUGUCUCCUGGUUUAUUCCCAGGGAGAGUCCGGCUCCCCGCACGGCUCCAUUGGCUGCUGCAGCUUUAUUGAGGGUGAUCUUGAUGACCACUUUCUUGACGAUUUAGGAGACAAAUUUAAGACUCUAGCAGAAAUAUGCAUAGGCAGACAGAUCAACAUGAAAGACGGUAGCUCCAGAAAUGAAUCAGGUUUUGGUCUUAGUGACACAAAGUCACAGUUCCUAGAUCAGCAAAAUGCUUCCAGCUCCAAACAAGCCUUUGCCUCGGGCAGCCACUUCCAGUCCGCCCCACCAGUGCACGCAGGUGGUGGCACAGGAACAGAUACCAUCUCCAAGGAGGUGGUCACGGAAACAACCUUUGCAUCCCACUCUGGGCAGCAUGAUGCCCGGCCCCUUUCCACAGCCCAUGCAGGGACCAAUUUUACCAUGACAGAAACUUCCUACUCUGCAGGGGCUCCUGCCCACUCAGCUGCUGUCUUUCUAGACCCCCAGUUUAAGGAGAACAUAGUGGUGACAGAGAGAGUGCUGGCACCUGCAUCUUGCUUGCAGGGUAUGGUGGAAAUCCCCAUCUUGCCACAUGGAAGUAAUGUGGUAGUUACGGAGAGGGUGGUGAAGUCGGAGGGUGCUGGGCCAGGAGCCCUGACAGUUCAGGAUCUCCCCGACUCCCAGUACGUCGUGGUGAGGGAGCGGGAGAGGAUGCUUGUGCCUGCUGCAGAGCAGGGCUCGAUCAGCUUCCCUGCUUUGGCAGAGGGGCACAGCGUGGUGGUGACAGCCUCAGGGAUGCAGAGCAGAGCUGAACAGGUGGCAGGUGCCGGCUCAGGAAGGCAAGAGCACAUGGUGAUCACAGACUCCCUGCUUAACGAGGCAGGCUCCAACUUAGAGGGGCCACCUCCUGCCAGCGCCACGCUGAGCAAGUCUUCAAGGGUCACUAAAUACAGCACAGUGCAGUACACUCGCUCGUAGCCUGGCCCUUUGCAGGGCUGGCGGUGUCCGGCACCCUUGUGUCAGUGUGCGUCUCGCCACGGGUUUUUUUCUUGAGACCUGAAUCUGCUGGAGCUUUCAGAAUGGCAUGGACUCGCUUGCAGUAGUUUGUAUAAAUAAGGGUUGUGACCAAGAAGCUAGUAAGGAUGUCCGCUGUUGUUAUUAGGCAACACUGGCAGCGAUGCCUUUGAAGUGGAAAGAUGUGGGAAAUAUAUAUAUUUUUUUCCUUGUUUGCUAUUUUUGUAAUUGCUUUUUAUUAUUCAGUUAGUGUAAUAAUACCACAGAACCACAGCUGUGUAAUAAUUGGAAAGCAGAAAAAAAAGUCUAAAAUCUAGCUACUAGGAUAGUAGCAUGCAAAGCACAAGUUAGGUUUCUGAACUGCUGUUUAGUGUAUCUGCCGAAGUCCCCCCUAAGGGGCAUCAACUUCUCCUUGCCUGUUUGCCAUCUAUUACCUUGUGGGACAGGGCAGCUCCUCCUGAGCUGCAGCUGCAGAUCUCUGCACCAUGGUGAAUUGUUAAGAAAUCUCUCCUUCCUGAGAAGCCCAGGCCACCGAAGCCAGUACCUUCUCAGCAGUACUGACCUCCAGGAGGGAUAGCACAACUUUGGGUUAUCAGCGUUUGUACCUUAAGCCAUAAAUACUUGCAUAUUAGCACAGGGGUUAAAGAAAGCAAGGAGCACAAAAAGCUGAGAACGGCAAUUUUUUUGGCACCUCGAUGUAAAAAAUUCCAUUACUUGGUGUGGGUCUAGGCUGACACAGACAAGUAAGCAUUUGCAUCAUAUAGAUGUUUCCUAAUUGGUCCUUUAAUAAUGUUUGAGAAAGCCAAAACUUACCUUAGCUUUGGACCAGAGAUUCACUCAGUGGCUUUGCGAGCAAAGUUUAUGGCCCUUAGACAUCAGCAGGAUCUGCUUUACAAGAUUAGCAACGUGGUUUUAAUUCUAUCUGUGAACUCACAGCUAAAAGCACAGAAAUGCGGGUGUGUGGGUGUGGUUCUGCUGGCUGCAGUACCGCAGCUCGGGUCGCCUGUGUAAUGCCAUAUGAGGCAGCUUUCCUUAGCUCUGACAAGACGAGAAAGCUCCCUAUAAUUCUGCAACACUUAAAAUUACUUCUCUUUCCAUGAGUUUUAUGUGGUAAAAGCAGGAUAGAGUACUGCAUACUGUUUGGCACUGUGUAUAUAUGCAUAUAUAAAUAUUUAUUUUUAUGCAGUUUGAAACAUUUUGAAAUUAAUUUUAUAGCUAUACACUCCACAUGUUUUGUCAGAGUAGAAAGAAGUACUUUAGAUCAGGUAUUGGUACCAUGUUUAUCUCACACCUGUAAAAUCAGCAAAGCUGGUUGUAUGCUAAUGCAAAGCCUGUGCACCUGCAGAGCUUUGUGGUUGCCUCCUCUCCUGGAGGUUUUCUGCAGCUGCAGUGUUAUGUUUUCCACUGAUACGUUUUGCCUUUGACUAGCAAUUCUUUCAGUGUAUUUGAUUUUACUGAUAAGGAUAUAAAAGUGGAUUCAAAAACAUAAAAAGUAGGAACUAUGGCUAUGCUCAACAGGGUGCAUCUUGACAGAUGGACCAUUACAUUAAGUGGAGGAGUACUUCCAAGCAAAUCAAACUACUCUCUUGCUUGGACCCGUUGGUUAUCUCUCAAACUUAGUUUUUGAAGUAUGUGUCUUUACUUUUAAGCAAGCACUCAGUUUUAAGUGGUCACCACUUUUUCCUGCAGUUAGAAUGUGUUUAUUUCAGACUUUUUAAUGGAGUAUUUCUGUGGUUUUAUGCAAUCUUAAAAUAAAGAACUCUACUGUA